AUGCGGCCUGCUACGCCAAAGGAAAUAAGAUUUCCUUCACAUGUGGGACCGUCGUCUCCGCCUCAGACCCCUACGGCCACGCCGCACCCUCCAUUCUUCGGCCAGAAGAACGGCACAAGAGACAGUCCUGGGCCGAAUCCCGGCCCACGGGACCCGCUGCCUCAGCCAAGCAACUUCACUCCUUUCGAGAACUGCCAAUUCAACUUUACAUUCUCAAAUCGGCAUGGAGAACUGUCUCCUCGUUCUUCCGACCCCCCGGCCGAAGGCUCUGAGGCCGAUCAAUCGGACAUUGAUCACGGGCCCUGCUCACCGCUUCUGUCAUCACCACCUGGUCUUACGACACCAGACCCUUUUGUGUUGCAUGCCACCAUUAUUACCAGUGACGAACUUGACAUUGAAGAGAUGAGCGACUUCGAAGAAAACGAUAUGGACGACCGGAAUGAAGUUCUUCAGCCUCAUCUCAUUGAGUAUGCCGAAUCGGACCCUAGCGAGUCGCACAUCGAGGGUCACGUCAUCAGUGACUUCCGUGACCUGAACUUCCGCAGCCCGGAUCCAGAUCCUUUGUCAGAUAGCUCCGAUGUGAGCGACGAUGAACACCAAGAAGCAAUACGGCGGCAACGUGCCUACGACCGGCAAAAAAGACGGAGUAUAAGCAGCAUGGGCAAGCGAACCAUGAGCGAGAGGAGCGACAGCGACCACGAGGAUGUCCGACACUGUCUGGACUUUGAACAGGCCGGUUCAAGUGCCCGUCGUCUCAAGAGGCGGGUUGGCGACCGCCGAAGUCUGAUCUUCCAAGACCCACCGCCAAAGAUCGACGAGAUCGACGAGCCCCCGGAGGAGAUGGAGGCUACAGAAAAGCUGGCCAAAGAGCUGCCAUUUUAUGCUUACAUGACCAUGGAAGUGGACUCGCCUUAG